AUGGUUCAGGCCUCUAUAAAACACAACACAAAACCUGGUCUUGAAGGUGGCUGUUCAGAUUAUUCUAAAUCAAUACUUUCACCGUUGUGUAUCGAAAGAAUGUCCAGAGAAUGCGGCGAGUGUGCAUUUAAAGGAUGUAGGGUAGGGAAGUCAAAUGAUAUCAAUUCUGAAAAACGGGAACCCUACGUGCGAAGUUUAACUGACCUAUAUUUCAAGAUAGAAAAUAUGGAAGGUCGGUUCAGACCUUUAUAUCGUGAAAUGAAGGAAUGGCCCGAAAUAUUUUUUCACUCAAUGAAGGGAGCAUCGCCAUUUGAUAACCCAAAUAUGGAACAUACCUUGUGCGAUAACCACAAAAUAACUAAGAAAACCUUUUUAUGUGAACUUUGCAUGAUAUGUUAUACAGAUAUGCGAAAGCAUAUUAAGAGUUUGCGACACAAGCAUAAUGCUGAAAAUAAUGAACGGUUCACUAAUCUAGAUCGAACAAUUGCAAAUGGUCCAUCAAUUAGUGACCUAAUGCCCGAAACCUAA